CGCGCUUUGCUGUCUCCUUUAACCUCUGACCCGCCGGCCGCCCUUGAGCCGGCGCGGCGGGGCCAGGAAGCGGGAGUCCGCGACCCCGAGGCAGAGCGGUCGCAAUGGCCAAGUACCUGGCCCAAAUCAUUGUGAUGGGCGCACAGGUGGUAGGCAGAGCCUUUGCUCGGGCCCUGCGGCAGGAGUUUGCAGCCAGCCGAGCCGCAGCUGAUGCCCGGGGACGAGCUGGGCACCAGUCUGCAGCUGCAUCCAACCUCUCUGGCCUCAGUCUUCAGGAGGCCCAGCAGAUUCUCAACGUCUCCAAACUGAGUCCCGAGGAGGUCCAGAAGAACUAUGAACAUCUGUUUAAGGUGAAUGAUAAAUCCGUGGGCGGCUCCUUCUACCUACAGUCCAAGGUUGUCCGGGCAAAGGAGCGCCUGGAUGAGGAACUCAGAAUCCAGGCCCAGGAGGAGAAAGAGAAAGAGCAGGUGCCCAGAACGUGACCAUGCAGCUCUCCUCUCCCUGCCACCUCUUAACUUAUAGCUUGUUCCCGGCUGGGCUGACCUGCUUUCAGCCUCACAUUGAGGCUGGCACCUAAAGGCUGAAGAGAAACCCCAGAUCAGGGGCUUUAGGUAAUAUUGUUGGGAGACCCCAAAGCUGAGCACAGAGACAGACAGUCUAAGGUCAGCCCCGUUCCUAGCUUGUUCAUGACACAGAAACCAUCUUUGCAACUCACUUUUAUUGUUUCUUUAUAAACUUCCUCUCACAUGGAGGAAUAUAUUGUUAUAGUCAUUAGCUUAUCUCUUUUUUAAACUCUAUGCUAACAGCAAUGGAGCCAAGAGRAGGAAAAACAUAAGCUACAAUAGAAAGGCACUUAGAACCUGUUAAAAUACUGAUAUCCUGGAAUGUGCAACAAUAAACCAACAACAAYGAAAAGUAUACUGGCCCUUCCAAGCCUGGUCUAUCACCAAAUCACAUGCUGAGCUAAUGUCACCUUCCAGUGCCCUAUUCCUCUGCUCCUGGGCUUGAGUCAAACCAUAUAUCCCCCAAGCUAAGGACUGAAGGCCUAGGGCCCUAACAGGGAUGAGGGGGGUGCUUGGGUCCAGGGUGGACCCAAAGAAARAAGACCAGCUCCUUUCUACCUUGCUCACAGCCCCAUCAAGGGGCAGAGCCAGCMUGGCCAGGCCCUGUCAGGACUGGGGUUCUAAGACCAGCAGCAGGGACUGCCAGGUCAGGGUGACCCUUCUAGGACAGAAGGGCAGUCCAGGAAAGAGUGGGAGCAGAACUGCUCAGAGGAACCACAGGGCUAUGGAGGACCCCACUGCCAUCUGGUGGCUCUUUUGUUCUAUGGGUGGGGAAUUGGAGGGGGUUGGCUAUUUUGCAGCCUAGUGACAAAGGUGCUCUAGAAGCCAGAGCUCCCAGCUGCUGGCAGGAAGGGAACAAAAGCCCCAGGGUUGGUUGAGUGGGACAUGCUGGGAUAGCCUAACUUCUGGAGAUUGGGCAGUGGGAUCAAUAACCUAUAUCCUUGGCAUACUCUGGCCCCUGCAUAGUAGCUAGACCCUAGGGGAGCUGGCUAAGUGGGAGUCUCUUAGGAUCAGGCUCAACUGAGAAAAAGCCAGAGGCAACAACAUCCCAAGUCCAGCUCCUUCCUCCAGCCAGCUCUUCCCAGGCAGAGGGGCUGGGCCUGCCCGUAGCCAUGCUUGGCUGCCCAGUCUCCCACAGACCCAGGCCUCAGUCAAUGGCCAGAAAGCUCCCCCCACUUCCUCCCCUGCAUGCUGUCUUGGUACCUUAAGACCAGAAGCUGCCUCUUGCCUCAGUACCAGUGCCCUGUAGGCCUCUCCAUGAGGCCAGUCCCAGCUGGGAUGACCAAGAUGGAGCCUGGCCUGGCCCUCCUGUUGGGCCUGGAUUAAGUCCUAGCACCAGGGCUGUSCAUCUGACACCUUCCCUCCCUGGCUCCAUGUUUCCCAUACGCUCAGGAUGCCUGAGUCAGAUCCUUCCAGGGUAUAGGGGCAAGUGAGUGGUCAGCUGGCCCUUCACCUGGRAAUGUUGCUGGCCCUCUGGCACAGGCUGAAUGAG